CAAAUACUGAUGACAACAUCAACAGCAGGAACAGCACACUGCCAAUCAAACAGCUGCGAAUAAGUGAAUGCUAAUAUGAUCCUGCUGCUUAAACGAUAAGUUGUCAACCGGUAAACGCGACGCGCGUGGUUCACGCAUAUCUAUACCAUGCUGAUUAGAUGACUGAGCAGCUGUGAAUAUUGAAACAAAGAACGCACCUAAAGCCGUUUACCGUGAUGGAACGCCGGAAGAAAAAAAUGGACCAAGCUGCGCUCAUCGUGGAGAACGGUGACAGCAACUAUGGGGUUGCACAAAAGGGCAGCCUCAAGGGUGACCGCACCAAUAUUGCACUACUUUUCUUCUUAUACACCCUGCAGGGUAUUCCACUGGGUCUCUCUGCUGCAAUACCAAUGAUUUUACAAAAUAGAGGAGUCAGCUACAAGCAGCAGGCAGAAUUCAGUUUUGUAAAUUGGCCGUUCUCGUUGAAGUUGCUUUGGGCGCCAAUUGUGGACUCGAUGUAUUCGACGCGGAUAGGUCGCCGAAAAACGUGGAUGGUACCUUCACAAUACAUGCUUGGAGCAUUCAUGUUACUAUUAAGUGUUCAUGUCAACACUUGGCUGGGAGAUUCCGGACAGGAGCCGAACAUAGGCAUCCUGACAAUACUUUUCUUUUCGCUGAACUUUCUCGCUGCCACGCAGGACAUUGCCGUGGACGGCUGGGCACUCACGAUGUUGCGCAAAGAAAACGUUGGACAUGCUUCUACCUGCAACAGCGUUGGUCAAACCGCCGGAUUCUUCCUUAGCUAUGUUCUUUUCAUGGCCCUGGAAAGUCCUGAUUUUUGCAAUAGUUAUCUGCGAGAUGUGCCUCACACCGACGGUCUAGUCACACUGGCUGGUUUUCUGUUCUUUUGGGGCUGGGUGUUCCUGGUGACAACAACAAUUGUCGCUGUGUUUAAAAAAGAAGAAGUGUCAGGUUCCACAACAUCCGGAUCGGAGGAAGCCGAACGAGACCUACAAACAGCGUACAGUUUCCUCUGGCAGAUCUUAAAAUUGCGCCCGGUGCAAGUCCUCGUCCUCAUUUUGCUCACAGCUAAGAUCGGAUUCUCAGCCACUGACAGUGUGAUGUCCUUGAAACUAGUAGAAGCCGGUAUUCCGAAAGAGCGCUUAGGUUUAAUGGCCGUGCCACUUAUACCCCUGCAAAUUGCUUUGCCGCUGAUUAUUGCCAAGUACACCACAGGUUCAAAACCAUUAAAUAUCUACGUUAAAGUCAUCCCGUACCGAUUGAUGUUUGGCUUUGUGGCGGCGUUCCUUGUUUGGGUAACGCCGUUCCUCGUAACAGACGCACACGCCGGCAUACCUAUUUAUUAUUACGCUCUCGUGCUAAUUUGCUACUCGCUGCACCAGGUGUGCGUUUAUUGCAUGUUCGUCACCUGCAUGGCGUUCUUCGCAAAAAUCAGCGACCCCCUGGUUGGCGGCACAUACAUGACACUACUGAAUACUGUGACGAACCUUGGGGGCAACUGGCCAGCCACUUUGGCACUUUGGUUCGUCGACAAUCUAACAUUCAAGGAGUGCAUUGGAGGCAACUCGACUAUUACCGACAACACGUGUAGGGACCAUUUAGAAGAAGAGCUCUGCACAAAGAACGAAGGCUACUGCUCAACAUACCUGGACGGAUACUACGUGGAGACGGUUGUAUGCGCCAUUAUAGGUACCCUAUGGCUGUCAUGGGCGCGCAAACAUAUCAAUUAUGUACAGAUGCUACCCGAUGCCGCGUGGAAGCUCACCAACAAGCGCAACAAGCAGUAAUGCCGGCUACAGAAGGGCCUGUGUCAUUCGAGUGUGAUAUUUAACUAGGGAACAUUCAAAAACCUCAAGUGAUCAUUCCAUAGCGCCCAGAACUCUCUGAUUUAACUUAUUCAUCGACGACAUCGGGCGGAACUAGUUUUGUAUUAUAGUUGAAUUGAAUAGUUAAAUUGUUGACUAGUAAGUAACCUUUGUUUCGUGGUAUUGGUUCAAAUUCUAGCUGUAUUAUAUUUUAAGUCACUUGUUCUCUGCGAGAAGCUUUAAUGUUACGUGUGCAGGUUUCUGUUCUGUUCUAAUCACUGAAGAGUUAUUUUUAUGAGCAAUGUGUGCACCAAACCGGGGCAAAUUAAUAAAACCAAUUGGAUUGACA